AUGCACUCUCUCACCACCUCAUUCCUCUCUCUUUCCUUGCUAUCAAGCACAAUCUCCGCUCAAACCACCGCAAGAGUGUGGACACACUUCUACCCCAACUGCCCAGGCGAACCCUUCUCCAAACUCGACACCUACGAGAACUAUGAAGAAAAUGCUCCGUCGCAAGAUAUCACCAUCAAUAGCUGCAAAAACAUUGCAGUCCCCUCAUACGAGCGCAGCAUUGUCAGCGCAAUCUCCGUCGAUGCAGAGCUUCUCUCCCACAACCACGACCUUCCCUUCCUAGAAGGCGGCAGUGGAUGCAAUGUCACCAUCCACGAGGUCCCAGAAUGCAUCGACCCACCCCUGAUCAGCCAAGAAAUCCGCAACGGCGUAGAAAUCAGCCAAUGCGAGCAGCGCCAAUUCGCAGCUUAUAGUCAAGUUUGGAUAAAUCUUGUCUGCGACGAAGAUAGUCCGCUCCACGACACCAAUGUUCCAACGCCAAGCAAUGCAGAGAAAAAGCAAGCAGAUGUUCAGCAGGGCGUGCCUACCAACCAGCCUGAUGCCCCUGUUCGCGUUGAAAAACAGACGUCCGUUGAAGAUAUCAAUAACAUCCAGACGCCGGGCUCAAAUUCGGAUUCUUGGCAUUUGUCCCAGAUCUCGAACAACCAGCGUGAGCCGUUGCAGGAGAGUCGUGUUAACAAUGCUGGUCAUGCGGAGAGCCAGCAUAUUGUUCAUGAGAUGAUGGAGCUGCUGAAGAAUAAGACUUCCAAGAUCAUCUCUGGGAAACACAAUGCCACUCAUCAUCACUCGAACCUUGCUUUGCAUCACAAUGGUACUGCAGCAGGUAAUCACACUGUGAUGUCUCGUCGGCGUUUGUCUGUUCUGCGGAGCCGUGUGGCUCGCUUCAUUUAA